AUGCGUUUCUCCAACCUCGCCAUGCUCGCCCUCAGCGGCCUUGCAAUCGCCAGCCCAGUAGUCAAGCGCGACACCGAAGCCGACGUCGUCAGCCUCCUAACCGACCUCUACGCAACCGUCCAGACAUACACUGGUGCUAUCAAUGCCACCCUUGCAAACCUCUCCCCCUCCUCAUCCGCCCUGGAAAAAACCGCUGCCGUCCCUGUAAUCGGUGACCAAAUCAGCAAAAUCACCGCCGCAAUCACCUCCACCACCUCUAACAUCAACGCCCUCCCCCACGUCACAGAAAAGCGCUCCAUCACCGCCGUCGGCGCACCAGAAGUCGAGAAACGUCAAAUCGGCGCCAUCGCCGUCGCUGCUCUCCUCGGCCUCAUCAUCGUCGAGAUCUUCGCUACGCUCGGCGCUGCCAUUGUGGUCUUAGGCGCUGGACUGCUGGUUAUUUUCACCACGCCUAUGGUGUCGUCGUUGAGCUUGUUGAUCUUGACUGUGCAGGCUGUGUUGAAUGUUGUAUUGGCAGGUGUUAUCACGCUGUUGAACACUAUCUUGACUAGUUUGGCACUUGGGCUUUCGGGGUUGUAA